GCGGCUCAUAAUUAUUCGUUUACGGACGCGCGCGCGGUCUACCCGCGGUUAACGACGACGAUCACGGACGUCAUUACAGGAAAAAUAAAUCCCAAAACCCCUAAACGAAUAAUCAUAAUCAAAUAAUAAUUAUUAUUUAAACCACGGGCUGUCCAACAUCCGAAUCUAAAACUAUACAACAAACACGGCGAUAUAACGAUACAUCGCGCGCCGACGUCUGCUGUGAUCGAUCGUCGAUUGUCGAACACCGCAAAAAAUUUAACUAAUAUAAAUUCGUUUUGGAAUCAAAAAAAAAAAAUAAAUAAAAAAAUAGCCGUCCGUCGAGUGCCGCAAGACCCCGCCGAUUACAUUAGCGCCACUGGUUCUCGCGAAUCGACCGGCAGGAAGUCGUCUCGCCGUCUUCAGUCCGUCGUCAUAACAUCUGACCGUGAAAACGGUAAAUCCGACCAAUUGUGAUCUACGCGCCGGAUCGACGACGACGACGUCAUGGACGGCUCUUGGUGGAACUCGCGAGAAAAACUGAUACAGGUGAUGUCUAGACGUAAAAGUGACGACGACGUACUGAUUGACCAACCGGGCAAAGAAAAAUUAGCCAGGGUCCUCAACCUAGUAGACCUGACGGCACUUGGCGUAGGGUCAACAUUGGGUGUGGGUGUGUACGUGCUCGCCGGAGCCGUAGCUAAAACGGACGCGGGUCCGGCGGUCGUGCUAUCGUUCAUUUUGGCCGCCUUUGCGUCAGCUUUUGCAGGUCUGUGUUACGCUGAAUUCGCAGCGCGAGUGCCAAAAGCCGGGUCGGCUUACGUUUACAGUUACGUCGGCGUUGGCGAAUUCGUCGCGUUCGUGAUCGGAUGGAAUCUGAUACUCGAAUACGUCAUCGGUACUGCAAGUGUGGCCAAAGGUCUGAGUAACUACAUUGACGCUCUGCUAGAGUAUCCCAUGAAAAGAACAAUGACCGAACUCUUCCCUAUGAAUGUCAGUUUUUUGUCCGAGUUUCCAGACUUUUUGUCGUUUAGCGUUGUGUUACUGUUAUCGAUCUUACUGUCGUGGGGAGUUCGCGAAUCUACAAUGAUCAACAACGUAUUUACAGUCGUCAAUUUAUUGACAGUGGCCACCGUCGUUAUCACCGGAUUAUUCAAAGUUAAUCUGUACAACUGGAAUAUACCGAAACAAGACAUCCCGAAGAACGUGAAAGGCGGCGAAGGCGGUUUCAUGCCUUUCGGGUGGGCCGGAGUGACUGCGGGGGCUGCCAAAUGUUUUUACGGGUUCAUCGGUUUCGACACGGUAGCCACAACGGGAGAAGAGGCGAAAAAACCGAAACGUGACAUCCCGUUGGCCAUCAUACUGUCGUUGUCCAUUAUAACGUUUGCGUACUGCUGUAUCAGUUCGGUGUUGACUCUGAUGUGGCCGUACUAUAAACAGGACGCUGACGCACCGUUCCCAUACGUCUACGAUCAUCUCGGCUGGACGACAAUAAAAUGGAUUGUUUCUUCCGGCGCUAUUUUCGCUCUAUUCACCAGUCUCAUUGGUACCAUGUUCCCGUUGCCGAGGAUUCUAUACGCUAUGUCCUGCGACGGUCUCCUGUUCAGCAUGUUCUCCGACAUUCACCCAAAAUAUCAGACACCUCUAUUGGCCACUCUGCUGUCGGGUUUGCUCGCGGGAAUUAUGUCGGCGAUUUUCAAUCUGGAACAGCUGAUCGAUAUGAUGUCGAUCGGCACGCUAUUGGCGUACUCGAUCGUGUGCAUUUGCGUGUUAGUGUUGAGGUACAGGAACGACUCGGACGUGGAGUUCGUAAUCAAAGGUAACGACGAGUCGGAGACCAGCAGUUUCACGGAGACGAUCGUCAAGACUGUGGUAAAGUACUUUAACCUGUCCAACAUCAAGUACGCCAACGAAGAAACCGAGAGUGUGGCCACGAUCAUCACGAUGUUGUUCAUCUGUACGUCAGCGCUGUUUUGCUUCAUCACCGUCCAACAAGAGGGUGUAGCAAGCAACAGCGACGUCGCGGCCUACACGAGCGCUAUUUUAGCCAUUGUGCUUUUGUUUUUAUUGCUAUUACUUGCCAGACAACCCCAGUCGACCAAAGAACUUUCGUUUAAGGUCCCGCUGGUCCCGCUGAUACCGUGCAUGAGCAUCCUGUUGAACGUUUACUUGAUGAUGAAACUCGACAUACACACUUGGAUCCGUUUCGGAAUUUGGCUGAUGAUCGGACUGUUCAUAUACGUGUUGUACGGUAUGAAGCACAGUGUCGAGGGACGGAAGCAGAUGGAAGAGCCGAAAAAGAGACCGUCGAGCGCGGCGGCGGUACAUCCGAUAUCCACCAUCAAGUUAUAGAACACGCGUUAAGUGUACAAUGGCGAUGAGAUAUCGAUCAGAACAUUAACAUUCCGUUUCAAACACAAAAAUAAAAACCGACUGUCGUGCGGACGAUGUCACUUUUCAAAACGCACCGCGCAGGGCGACUAUCGUUCGUAAAAAUAUUUACACAUACCAGUAUUAUGAUAAAAUAUACGUCUUAUAAACAAACGAUAUAUUAUACAAUAAUAAUAUAUUGAACGAAGGGCUAUAUAACAUGUAUAUUAUAACUUACUAUACAAAACUAGGUCGUCCUAUACAAAAUUAUUAUAUUAUGAUAUUGUUAACAGGACCUAUAUAAUACGUAUAAUAAUUAAUGUCCUUAAAUAUUUUUUUUAUGUUGUGAUAUUUAUUUAUAGAAUAAUAUUUAUGCUAGUUUUUUCGUAUAUAUAUAUAUAUAAUUUAUAGUACAGCAAAUUAAAAUAACGAAGUUUUACACUUAAAUGUUUAUUGAGUAAAUUCAAAAAUCUUUGUGUUUCUAUUUAUAUAAUUAUAUAGCAUAUUAUAAAAAAAAAAAAAAACAUUAAACAAUAAAUUGAAUGUACAAGAACAAUUUUUUUUUUAAUUAUCAUCAGCAAUAUUAUUUUAUUAUUGCUAUUUAAUAAGUAUAUUAUGUUAAAAUAUUUAUUUUUAUAGUACUUAGCAAGCGUUUAUUACAAACACAAUAUUAAUACGCUUAAUUAGUAUAGUAUUUAUGUUUAUUUAUGUAUAUAUAUAUAUUCGUGUAUAUUUUAUGAAUGAUUUGUAAAAAAAUAAAAUAUAUUAUAAAUGUAAUUUAUAUAUUACUCGCAAUA